GGCCAUUCUAUGAUGAUCAGAAGCACUGCUGUGCUGUAACCCUGCAGCAGCUCUGCAACACUCAGCCAUUUGCUCGCUGCCCCACCAGGAGAUAGGGCAGAGCACUGACACAGAUAGGGUUGUAAGAGCUUGUCUGCUGAGAGAGGGGCAGUUUGAUGAGAGAUAGGAAGGAAGAGCAGAAGAACAGAAAGCGAUGCCCAAGGCAAUUGCUCGGUAGUUCCUGACUGCUGCCUGUCCCCGUGCAGCAGCAGCAUCCCCAGGGCCAACUCCCCACCUCACAGCUCAGCACAGUGCCCUGUGCUCCAGGACAUCCCUUUGGCAUUUUGGCCCUUUGGCUCAUCUCAAUGCCCGUGGGACAGGGAACCACAUGUGCACCAAGGCCAGGGGGAUGGCUAAACAUGGACAUUUCCUGGGGGAAGCCACAAAAACACUUGGCCACAGAUGAUCAGUUUUGGGGUGAUCGCACGUGACUUAGGCAGGGCACACAGGCUGGGGCUGCUCUAUAAAGUCGGACCCAGCUCCGGGUGUCCUGCAGUGCAGCAGCAUCACGCCGUGGGUCCUGCCUGAAGCAGAGCCAAGCCCCUGCGGCCGCUCCCCGCAGCCAGCUCCCACUCAUGGAGCUCCUCGCCCUGUGCUGGGUGCUGCUGGCCGGCACCUUGCUCAGCACGUCGGGCUCCAGCAGCGCCCUGCGUGAAGGAGACCUCGACCCCAUCACGGUGCCGAUGGACAUGGCCCCACACUCUUUUGAUGACCAAUACGAAGGUUGUGGGCACAUGAUGUGGGGUGAGCUACAGAAGGUGAACUAUACUGAGUUCACCCAGAACUAUGUCUACGCUAAUGGCUGGAGGAAGGCAGCUGCAGUAUGGCAGAAGAGCUGGGGCCACCUCUCUCAUCCCCCACAGCUAAGACGGGAGCAAGCCAUCGCCGUGCUGGCAUACACUGCUGCAGGCAAGCUAUACCAGCAGCUGAAUGCCGCUACACGUCGGGGCGGACGUUCCCACCACACCUACCUGCAGUCGUACCACUUCAAGACGCUGCACUUCCUCCUGACCCAGGCGCUGCAGGCUCUGCGAAAAUCCGAUCCCAAUGAAUGUUACAACGUCUACCGCGGUGUUGGGGGCAUCCGCUUCACAGCCGAAAAAGGCAGAGCUGUGCGCUUCGGCCAGUUCACCUCCACCUCCCUAAACAAGGAGGUUGCAAAUCAGUUUGGCCGGGACACCUUCUUUGAGAUGAAGACCUGCCAUGGUGUCCCCAUCAAGCAGCUGUCCUUCUUUGAGUAUGAGGAUGAAGUCCUCAUCCCACCCUUUGAAGUCUUUGAGAUCACCAACUUCUCCAUUGUCAAUGGCAGAAACCAAAUCCAUCUUAAAUCUAAAGAGAAGAAGAGCAACCACAACUGUGAGCUUCUAAAGCGUCUGUGUGGGCAGUGGGGUCAGGGCCACCUGGAGGUGGGGUUGGGGCUCAGCCCUGGGCCGGCUCUGCACUCCCUGGGCUGCUCCAACUGCAGCUGGUGGGGAUCCGGGCACAGAGAGGGUGACCCCAUCCCAGCAGCUCUGUAA